UAUAAGGCCUAUGUCAACAUAGGUUUUCAGAUGGACUGUUUAAAUGUGUGAUGUAGACAUAAUAUUGGUUUGACUUCAGUGGACUCAGUGAGCCUUAUAACCUACUUGUGUGGGUGUUCCACUUGAACUGAAUGAACCUCACAUAUGAAGAAGAGAGCUAUUUUGCCGUGCCUGUGGUGGGCAUGAACCUCGGCCACCGUGGUCACUAACUAGCCAUAUUUGAUUGGUUCAAACGACUGUCCGUCUGAGGUGGGCGUGGACCGAACACGCUAAAAUAUACUCAAACUCUGCACGAGAGCGAAUUGAAGAACUUUCCACGCUUGGAACGCAGGGGCCUGGGAUUCUACGCCGUGUAUCAUUUAAAGAUGCUGCACAAGAGUAUAAAAAGCUUUACGCUGGAGCUGGAUGGACCAGACGAUGCUGUUUACACGAGCGGGGAGAUGGUUACUGGGCAGGUAGUGUUGGAGCUCAACCGGGAUAUCAAAGUGCGUUCCAUGCGAGUGCUCGGCAGAGGGGUCGCGCUGGCCCACUGGCUGGAGAACCGCAGUGUGGGCAUGAACACUGUUUACAGCGACUACACAUCCAAGAUUACCUACUUCAGGAAGAGACAGCAUCUCAUCAGAGAUAAUGGAGAGCUGACUGUCCUUCCUGCUGGCAGGCACGAGUACCCCUUCAGCUUCCAGCUUCCUGAGGAGACACUGGUGACCUCCUUCGAGGGCAAGCAUGGCAGCAUCCGCUACUGGGUAAAGGUGAAGCUCCAUCGUCCCUGGAGCACCGUACGCAAGAUCAAGAAAGAGUUCACAGUCAUCGAGCCCAUCGACAUCAACACGCCCGCUCUACUGGCACCCCAAGCUGGAACCAAGGAGAAGAACGCACGUGUGUGGUACCGCAACUUCGGACAGGUGUCAGUGACAGCAAAGAUCGACCGCAAAGGCUACACUCCAGGCGAGGUUAUCCCUGUCUUCGCCGAGUUUGACAACGCCACGUCGCGCUCCAUCGUGCCCAAGGCCUACAUCACGCAGACGCAGAACUUCAUCGCCCGGGGCACUAUGAAGCAGAAGCGGGCGGUGGUGGCCACGCUGAGCGGUGACACGGUGGGUGCCCGCCGCCGAGAGACUUGGCACGGCCGCGCCAUCAAGAUCCCCCCCGUCGGACCUUCCAUCCUCCAGUGCCGCAUCAUCAAGGUGGAAUACACUCUCAAGGUGUGUGUGGACGUGCCCGGCUCGUCCAAGCUGUGCCUGGAGCUGCCCCUGGUGAUGGGCACCAUCCCGCUGCACCCCUUCGGCAGCCGCACCUCUUCCGUCAGCAGCCAGUACAGUGUCAACCUGGAGUGGCUCCGCAUGGCCAUCGCCGAGCAGCCCGAGCCUCCCCCAGACUACAGCUCUGUGGUUAGCGACGAGGAGGCUAUCCAGAACGCAGCUAAUAACAACAAUACCGUCACCAGCAUUAGCAGCAUCACCUCCACCGCCUCCAGCUGUCAUCCCGAUGAGGACCUGACUGGCAUCCUGGAGAGACCCCUCAUGGCCUAUGUCCAGGAGUUCCGCUUCCGGCCCCCGCCUGUCUACAGCGAGGUGGACCCCAACCCUCAGCCUUACACCAACAUCAGACCUCGCUGCAUGACGUGUUGAACGGUGCGAGACGACUUUUUGACUCAAACUCAACUCAACUCAAGCAUCGCAAACGCCACAAUGAUGAUGGUUGAUGACUGAACCGAAGCAAGCGGACUGGACUGGUCCGUUUGUCCUCUUCUCAAGAGACUGGCCCAAACUCUCAAGAGACUGGUCCACAAGGGGGGUCCAGGAGGGCUCUCUGUGUCUCUCUCUGCGCCAAUCGCUGAGACGCCGCUAAACAGGCGUCUUAUCUCGCGUGCGCUAACAAAUACACACACACACUCACACACAUGGCUUACAGCACCCAUCCGGGGGACGUUCUGGAGAUGGGAACCCCCACUGGAGGACUGGAAACAAACCCUCAUACAAGACGAAAAGAGGAAAAAAGUAAAGGAAGAAAAAAAAAAGAA